GGGAGCGCAGCGGUUCGCACAACCCGCCCGGAUCCGUCCCAUCCGACAUGUCCUUCUCCAAGGCCCCGUUGAAGCGGUUCAAUGAUGCUGCCGGCUGUGCCCCACCUCCGGGAUCCUAUGAUGUUAAGUCCUCAGAGGUUUUGAAAGGACCCGUAUCCUUUGAGAAAUCACAACGAUUUAGAAAGCAAAAAGCAACUUUUGUGGGAAGCCAACAAAGUCUUAACAGUGACAAAGAUGCUGCUUCACCCCCCACCGCGAGAAAACAUAAGAUCUUAGAAUCACAGAAAAAGGCUCAGAAGGACAGUAAAGACCUUAAAAGGGUGAAGAUGCUUGAAAAAGAGAUUCGUGAUCUGGUAAAAGAACGUGGAAUGCAGGACAAGCGUCAUCGGGAUCUAGAAGCCGAGUUGGAGAAGACGGAAGUGAAAUUAAAUGCAGCCGUCAGAGAGAAGACCUCUCUCUCUGCAAAUAUUGCUUCCCUAGAAAAACAGCUCAUGGAAUUAACUAGAGCGAACGAAUUUCUGAAACUAAAGUUCUCAGACGACGGGACCCAAAAGAAAAUGAGCAGUCUGAGUAUGGAAGUAAUGAAACUGAGGAGCAAGAUGGAAGCCAAGACCAAGAGUGCUGCCGCUAAACAAGAAGACAUGGAAAUGAAGCUGCAGUUGGCUCAGAGGAAUCUCCAGCAAACCCAAGGAAUAGUGGCACAGAUUGAGGAAAAACUUUUAAGUACGGAGAAAGAAAUAGUAGAAGAAAAAUCUGAUACAGGGAGACUCUUGGACUAUAUUGAACAGCUCAGUUGUCUAGGUGAAAGGGAGAAAUAUAAGGAAGAUAUAUUCUAUUUGGAGGAGAUUUUCAAGGAAAAGAACAAUGAACUUUCAAUCCUGAAAAAUUCUCUUGAAGAAAAGGAUUGUGCGUUAUCCAGGAAAAUUAAAGAACUGACUUCUGCGUGUCAGCUGCUUGAAGAAGAAAAUGGGCGACUUAUUGCUGAACACAAAGAACAAGAACACAACUUAAAUGUGUCGCUCCAGAGCUUGAAAGAGAAAUUACAACUAGAACAAGAACACCAAAAACUGCAGCAGGAGCACAGUUUAAGUGCUGAGAUACACAGCUUGAAGGAGAAAUUACUAAAAGAACAAGAAGAAAACAAAAAAGUGCAGCAGGAACAGGCUCACCGUUUUAGUGCCGAGAUACAAGGCUUGAAAGAGAAAUUACAGCUAGAACAGCAAGAGCACAAAAAACUGCAGCAGGAGCAGGAGCACAGUUUUUAUGCCGAGAUACAGAGCUUGAAGGAGAAAUUAAAACUAGAACAAGAGCAUGAGAAACAUCAGCAGGAGCAGGAAAGGAGUCUAGGUGCUGAGAUCCAGAACUUGAAAGAUAAAUUAAAAUUGCAAGAACAACAUGAAAAACUGCAGCAGGAACAGAAGCACGGUCUAUGUGUGGAAAUACAGAGCUUGAAGGAGAAAUUAAACCUAGAACAAGAAGAGCAUGAGAAACAGCAGCAGGAGCAGGAAAGCAGUCUAGGUGCUGAGAUACAGAGCUUGAAAGACAAAUUAAAACUCCGAGAACAAGAACAUGAAAAACUGCAGCAGGAGCGGGAGCACAGUUUUAGUGCCGAGAUACAGAGUUUGAAGGAGAAAUUAAAACUAGAGCAAGAAGAGCAUGAGAAACAUCAGCAGGAGCAGGAAAGCAGUCUAGGUGCUGAGAUACAGAAAUUGAAAGAUAAAUUAAAACUCCGAGAACAAGAACAUGAAAAACUGCAACAGGAACAGGAGCACCGUUUUAGUGCCGAGAUACAGAGCUUGAAGGGGAAAUUAAAACAAGAACAAGAAGAGCAUGAGAAACAGCAGCAGGAGCAGGAAAGCAGUUUAGGUGCUGAGAUACACAGCUUGAAAAAUACAUUAAAACUACAUGAAAAAGCGCAGCAGGAACAGGAGCACAGUUUACGGGCAGAAAUACAGAGCUUGAAGGAGAAAUUAAAACUAGAACAAGAAGAGCAUGAGAAACAGCAGCAGGAGCAGGAAAGCAGCUUAGCUACAGAGAUACAGAGCCUGAAAGAUCAAUUAAAACUCCAAGAACAAGAACAUGAAAAACUACAGCAGGAACAGACAGAAACUGCUUUACUCCUGCAACGAGAGAAGGAUUUGUGUUGUGGCUUGCAAAAAAAUCUACUUGACCUUCAAGAGGAGAUGACUAAUGAGAGAAACCUUUUGGAAGAAGAAUUGAAACAAACAUUAGAUGAGCUGGAUAAGUUACAAGAGAAAGAAGAACGGGCUGAAAACCUAGUAAAGGACUUGGAAGAGGAAAUGAAACUGAGGAUCAAAGAGCUAAAACAUUUAGAAGAAGAGCUAAAAAGGAAAAUGGGGAACGAGGAUACUAUUGCAGGGCUAACAGAAGAAAUAAAAACAUGGCGUUUCCUCUAUGAAGAACUGCACAAUAAAACCAAGCCCUUUGAGCAACAACUAGACGCAUAUGAAAAAGAAAAGAAUGCUUUACUGAAUGAACACGGUGCAGCCCAGGAAGAGCUAACCAAAUUAAGUGAAUCAUAUGCUAAAUUAUUGGGUCAUCAGAAUCAAAAGCAGAAAAUCAAACACGUCAUGAAAUUGAAAGAAGAAAAUGGCCAGCUUAAAUCGGAAGUUUCCAAAUUGCGUUCUCAGCUGGUGAAAGAAAAAGAAACUGGGAAGAAACUUCAAGAACAACUGAAUGAAGCAAAGGGUAUAAGGCGGUUUGACCCUGCCAAAGCUUUUCAACAUGAGAGCAAAGAAAAUGUUGUUCCUAAAAUGCCUUUAAAAGAAAGUAAGAUAAAUUACUGCUGAUUUCCUGUGGAUUGCUUAAAACCGAGGAGAAUUUCACGGGAAACCGAGCACAGUUGUAUCGUUCUAAUGAAUAUAUGCAAGUGGGUAUAUGUAAAUUCUACAUCUAUGUGUCUUUUGUCUUUUUACAUUUGAUAUGUUGGAGAAUAAUAGCACUCUACGGUGGAUAAGAUUUACCUAAAGAGUAAAUUGCCAGCUUGCGUUCUGGCCGCGAACUCUGGAGAGUUUGUUAAUAGGUCCAUUCCGCGAAUGUGCUGUCUGCUAAAAUUGCAACUUGGUGGCUGCAGUCUGAUGAAGAGUGUACUGAAAUAGGCCAGAAGAAUGAUAAUCAGUUUAUUCACUAUUAUGUGUGAAAUGGUGUUUUUCAGAUUCAGGGGCUAACAUAGACAAGUAUAAUCACGGUGUUUGGGAUAAUGAUUUAAUCGAUAUGAAAACCAAUCAGUUGUAAGAUAAAGCUUUAUAUUUUGAUAAUUAAAACUGAAUACAAAAUUUAA